AUGAGGAUCCGAGUGCGCGGGCCAUCAGGCCAGUCAACUGUCACUCUAGACGACACUGCAACCAUCAAAGAUCUCCGAGACCAAAUUGCGGAGAAGACUGGUCUAACUGCCUUUGAUGUGAAAUAUGGAUACCCUCUCCAGCCGCUCGAGCUAGGCAGUUUUCAACCAGGCCAGCCUAUCUCAGAAACAGGGGUCAAACUGAAUGGGGAGUCACUUAUCGUCGCUCCUAAAGAGGGAUCCAAACCUCCUAGCGAAGCAACGAAGGACCCAACGGCCACCCUGUCGCAACUGUCCACCUCGUCGCAAAAACCACAAACCAAUAACGCCGACGACCCCCCAGAGAUCGCUUCGCCGGAACAUGCAGGAACCUUUGUUCUCCGCGUCAUGCCGGACGACAACUCAUGCCUUUUCCGAGCAGUCGGCGCGGCAGUCAUGGGCGAUAUGGACACAAUGGUCGAGCUUAGAUCGAUCAUCGCAGGCGCCAUCCAAUCAAACCCAACAGAAUAUACAGCAGCGAUUUUAGGCAAGAAGCCGAACGAAUAUUGCCAGUGGAUCCAGAACGAGGAUUCUUGGGGUGGUGCCAUCGAGCUUAAGAUUCUGAGUGAAUACUUUAACAUCGAGAUCUGCUCGAUUGACGUACAGACUCUCAACAUGUUCCAGUUUAACGAAGGAGCACCUACGCGGUGUAUCGUCGUCUAUUCAGGAAUUCAUUACGACGUCCUCGCCCUGUCACCCUCCCACCCGCCAUACACUCGUGCCAACCCCUUGGCUGAUGGUGAUACAAAGAUUUUUGAGGCUGUCGACCCUGUUGUUUUGGAAAAAGCCAAGGAACUAUGCAAGGUUCUUCAGGGCAAACAUUACUAUACCGACACUUCUGGAUUCACAGUGCGCUGCAACGUCUGUGGUGGUACAUUUACUGGCGAGAGAGGUGCCACCAAGCAUGCGGCGGAGACGGGGCAUUAUGAUUUUGGAGAAGCAGGCUAA